AUGGCCAAGGAGCCAGGACUUAGCUGGAAGGCGGUCCGGCAUGUGCAGAAUUUGGAGGGUACACUUGAAUUUUUAGAAGAGGGCGACGACGAUGAGCACAUUUUGAAUGUCAAGGCGUUGUUGGAAGCGUACAGAUCUUGCACAUUGGAUUGGAAUGAAGGUCUUGUGACUUACUGGUCAUAUGGCGAACAACUCUGCCAGUCUCAACCCUUUGACUGGGAUGAAUUUCACGAAAUCAAUCGUCGACACCAGGGACACCAAGGCUUUUGGGCUGUUUUGAGGCUCGUCAUUAAUCAAGGAUUGUGCGAAGAAACAAGAUGA